AUGUCAAGGAAUAAAGAGAAACCGCAGGCGGGGCGGGUGGGCGCCGGCGCCCCGGUGUACCUGGCGGCCGUGCUGGAGUACCUGACGGCCGAGAUCCUGGAGCUGGCGGGCAACGCGGCCCGCGACAACAAGAAGACGCGCAUCAUCCCCCGCCACCUGCAGCUGGCCAUCCGCAACGACGAGGAGCUCAACAAGCUGCUGGGCAAGGUGACCAUCGCGCAGGGCGGCGUGCUGCCCAACAUCCAGGCCGUGCUGCUGCCCAAGAAGACCGACAGCCACAAGGCGAAGAGCAAAUAA